AUGCGGGGUCUAUUGGUCAAAGCCUAUCAUGAAAACGAGCGCUACUCCAUCGCAGACCGCAUUGAUGAAGCACCGCCUCAUUGCACCGUCGAGGUCGCGACGGUAACUGCGCAACCCACCCAUAGGCUGGGAAUACCAGGCGUUAAAGCGUGCGCGCGAACAAGGAGGGUCAACUUUGCAAGCAACCCCGGGAAACGUAAAUAUUCAGGAUUGAGCUGCCGGUCAAAUUUCAAAGCUCAGAAAGUGUCAGGGAAUACCAUUCAUUUCCGAUCAAGAUUGUGUUAUGAGGCAGUGCCCAAUAAGAAAAGGGAGUUCUCCUAA